AUGCUCACCAUGCCCACCAUGCUCACCAUGCCCACCAUGCUCACCAUGCCACCAUGCCCCCAUGCCCACCAUUGCCAUCCCCCAUGCCCCCAUGCCUCCAUGCCCACCAUGCACACCAUGCUCCCAUCUAGAAUAGCCAUGCAGGCAGUGAGGAAAUGCCACAUCCUGUCCAGUUUAUUCCUUCUGCUGAUCAGCUCGGGCCAGUGCAUGGACAGCAAGGAGGUGAGGCAGAAAGAGAGAAGGAUCCUGCUGGACCAUGUCUUACAGGUUAACGGAGACAGCCAACGGGGGGACAAGCCUUCAGUCUCCAGUCGCUAUAACAGUGACCUCUUCCCCACAGCCCAAGACAUGAAGUUCUCCUCUGGAGAAAAGCCUUUAUAUGUUCCUAGGCUGGAUAACAGCAAACCCAUAGAUAAUGUCCCAAGAGAUAUAAACCUGAAAGACAAGUUCAUAAAGCAUUUCACAGAAGCUCGCUAA